AGAUUAGAUAUUAAUAAAGCAGUGGAAAGAAGAAAUAUGAAUAAGGCUUCAUCAAGGUCCAGUCCGGCACGAAGAGAGCCAUAUGCCUACGGGGAGGGCCGAGAUGCCAGACGCGACCGCUCCCCUCUUCGGGGGAGCCCACGGAGAGACCCCAGAGAUGGCAGGGAUGGUAGAAACGGGCGAGAUUCCAGAGACACGCGAGACAUUCGAGCUAGAGACAUGCGUGAUGCCAGAGACCACAGGGACCCACGGGACCUGCGAGACCCACGGGAUAUCAGGGAUCCAAGAGACUUGCGGGACCCUCGUGAUGUUAGAGAUCUUCGUGACCCACGGGAGCCGCUGUAUGAUCGAUACAGGGAUCCACGGGAUAUGAGGAAUCCACGAGAUGUGAGGGAUCCACGGGAUAUGAGAGACCCUCGGGAUAUGAGAGACCCUCGGGACCCUUUGUACAGACGAGAUGAAGCUUAUGACCGUUACCUUCGCCUUGAAGACUACUAUCGACGGAAGGAUGACUCUUACUAUGACCGUUACAAAGAGCAUUUUGAUAGAGCACCAGUGAAUUCAGAAGGUACGUCCAAAGGGCGUUAUUUGUUCUGUCUUUGUGGCUUGCUUUCAGACCGUCUGAAACGUGAGGAGCGGCGCCGAGAGGAGCUGUACCGUCAGUACUAUGAGGAAAUCAAGAGACGUUUUGAUGCAGAGAGACCUGUGGAUUGUUCUGUGAUAGUGGUGAAUAAACAGACAAAGGAGUACGCGGAGUCAGUGGGGCGGAAGGUGCGGGAUCUGGGCAUGGUAGUGGACCUGAUCUUCCUCAACACAGAGAUGUCACUGACGCAAGCCCUGGACGAUGUGAGCAGAGGAGGGUCUCCUUUUGCCAUUGUCAUCACCCAGCAGCAUCAAGUUCACCGCUCUUGCACUGUUAACAUCAUGUUUGGCACCCCACAAGAACACCGCAACAUGCCUCAAGCUGAUGCCAUGGUGCUGGUGGCGAGGAAUUACGAGCGCUACAAAACAGAGUCGCGGGAGAAGGAGCGCGAGGAAAUCGCCCGGCAGGCUGCCAAGAUGGCAGAUGAAGCUGUUCUGCAGGAGCGGGAGCGCCCACCCCCCAUGGAGGAGGGUGUCAGAGGAGGUCACCCUCCGGGGAUUCAGACUCUCUUGAACCUGCUGGCAGACAAUCGCUAUCUAACUGCUGAGGAGACUGAUAAAGUAAUUAAUUACUUGAGAGACCGGAAGGAACGGUUGCUGAGGGGAAGCACUGAUUCUCUGCAGGCAUCCAUGACAAGACAGUCUUUGGGGGCACCUUCAGGAUCAUCUCUGGGUAGUCAGUCCAGCCUUCCAAGCUCUCAGGCUCAUCAGGGUUCACAGCCUCUGGUCUCUGCUCCUUCUGUUCCAGCGUCCUCUUCUAAUCCUCAGCAGGAGCUUCAAGCAAAAAUCCUCAGUCUCUUCAACAGCGGGGCGGCAGCGGCAGCAGCUGCUGUAGCAAACAGCAGUUCUGCAGCCUCUGCAGGCACUUCAGGUGGCACUCCGAACCAGAACUUUGCUAACAUGGCCAGCGGUCAGGCCCGGUCAGCACAGAUGAGUGCUGGAAAUUUAAACCAGGCUCAGCAGAGAUUGCAGACUCCAAGCACACAGCUUCCUGCUCUCCAAGGCCCUUCAAGAAAUGCGGGUCCAAGACCUGGAGCUCCUCCACAAGCUCAGUCACUCUAUGGUCAGCACCAAAAUCGCCUCCCUGCACCUGGCAAUGUACCUGCUCAAAGGCCAGUAUCUUCUGGUAUCAACUUUGACAACCCUAGUGUACAGAAAGCCUUGGACACCCUUAUCCAGAGUGGUCCUGCACUCUCCCACCUAGUGAGCCAAACCGUGGCCCAGGGGCGAGCAGGGUCCUCAGCCCAGCAACCUAUGGGUUCCUACCAGCGACACUAUUAAAGCUGAGCUGUCAGGCCCUUUCCCUUUCCCUUUGCCAUUCCAUACUUAUAGCUGUUUAAAGAGU